CUGCGUCUUUUCACCAAAUUAUAACUUCCCGAACCAGUAAUAAACUUCACACACGCAAUAUAUUUACACAUUUCUUUUGGUACAUCUUUUUUUUUCUGUCAUUAGUGUUGAUUUUAUACUGUAACUUCAUUCAGGUUGAACAACAUUUAGUGGAUGAUUGGAUGAACAGUUUAAUUAUUUACAUAUACAAACCUUGACGACAUCAUAGUCACCGAACAAAAAAAAUAAAAUCAAUUUUAUAAAAGUGUUAGUUUGAAUCAAUAGAUGUAAACUUUAGUAAAAAGAUUUGGUCCAACUGUUGCAUAUUAAAAAAGGAAUGUCGAUUUUUUCUUAAGUGUCAGUUUGAACUUUGAACAAAUGCUGAUAUUAAAAGAAAUAAUGAUGAUUUUUCCAGUGGUCCAACUGUAUUUGCAUAUAUUUCUAUUUCUAGGUAGGAGAAAGUUUUCGUUUUGUUCCUAUCAAUUAUUUUAUUUUUUAAUCUAACCAAAAGAGUUUUCGUUUCGUUUCGUAAUGAUGAUCAUUACCAUUUUACAGUACUCUAUGGGUAAUUCUUCUUGCAUGGGUAAUUCAAAUAACAACUUUAUGAUGAGAUAAAACUCGGUUCCACUCUAUGUGUGGCUUAAAUAAUUUGAUAAGAAAAAGAGAAACUAAAGGGGGUAAUAAAUACACAUUUUUACGUAUAUCCAACAAUAGCAGUAUAGAACUAAAGUAUUGGGAUUCCUUUUGAUUGAUAUAUCAUAUAUAUGUAAAUUUCCAAUAUUUUUUUUUUUUGUUAAAGAAAUUUCCAAUAUUGAGAGAUAUUAAAGACAAGAAACGUAGAAAGAAGAGACAGAGCGAGGGAGAUGGGAAGAGGGAAAGUGGAAGUGAAGAGAAUUGAGAACAAGAUCACUAGACAAGUAACCUUCUCCAAAAGAAAAAGUGGUUUGCUCAAGAAAGCCUACGAACUCUCUGUUCUAUGUGAUGCAGAGGUUUCUCUCAUAAUCUUCUCCAACGGUGGCAAGCUCUACGAGUUCAGCAAUGUCGGAGUUGGCAGAACCAUUGAGAGGUACUAUCGCUGUAAAAACAAUUUGUUGGACAAUAAUGAUACGCUUGAAGAUACUCAGGGCUUGCGUCAAGAGGUGACAAAGCUGAAAUCCAAAUAUGAAUCUCUUCUCCGCACUCAUAGAAAUUUGGUUGGGGAAGAUCUUGAAGGGAUGAGUUUAAAGGAACUGCAGACGCUCGAGAGACAGCUAGAAGGAGCUCUUUCCGCAACCCGAAAACACAAGACGCAGGUUGCGAUGGAACAAAUGGAAGAGCUUCGGAGAAAGGAGAGGGAGCUUGGAGAUAUAAACAAUAAGCUUAAGCUUGAGACCGAAGAUCAUGAUUUUAGAGGCUUUCAAGACCUACUGCUUAACCCGGUGCUCACGGCCGGUUGUUCCACUGAUUUUGCGUUUCAAUCAUCUCAUCAAAAUUAUAUAUUAGAUUGCGACGUGGGAUACUUUUUACCGAUUGGGUUUCAACAACACUAUGAGCAAGGUGAAGGAUCUUCGGUGUCAAAGAGUAAUGCAAGAAGUGAUGUUGAGACCAACUUUGUCCAAUGAUGGGUUCGUUGACUUGGUAUUGACUAACUAGUCACGACGAAGCGUUUAGGUCAUUUACUAUAAGGACAUACAUACUCUUUUCUUUCAAUUAUUUGUUAGAGUUCUCGUUGUUGAUUUAGUGGAGGUUAUAUAUGCGAUAAGUAUGUACCACUUACAGAUUCUUACAUUAUAUCUAAUUAAUGUUUUUGCGAUUAGUAGAUUUUUUGUUAACUCAGCCGUUUCAUAUUCGUAAAGGUGUUGUAUGUAUUGUUUGUUAAUGAACGAUUUCAACCGAAUUUACUUUCUACUAGUGGACUUGAAACUCGUAUUAAAAUAUCUGAAGAGUAGCACACACAAAAAAAAAAAAAAGAAAAAAAAAAAUAGAAUCGAAGAAUAAAAAAGAAUGCCUUUCAAAUAGUAGUAGUAGUGUACUAGUGUUAUUAAGCCUACAGAUUUAAUACUUGAAUAAUUCAAAAGAUUGAUAGCAGAUAAAUGAAUUAAAUUACUUUUUACUUUAGUGCGUUUACGAUUUCCCAAACUAUUCGAACGUUUUGUUAUGAUUUGACUUGAGAGUAGAAAAAUAUUCACGUUGUGGAACGGUAACAUUUUUUGAAUUAAAAUUUUUUAUUAAACUUUUUUUAACAUUUUAAUCCGACCGUUGGAAUUAAUAUUUAUAAUGAAAAUAAUUAAGAUAAUGGACUCUUCUUCUAUUCUUCUUACACGAGUCUGACUUGAGAGUAGGAAUAAACGAACGUUGUGAAACGGUAACAUUUUUUGACCGUUUGAAUUAAUAUUUUUAAUGAGAGACAAUGGACUCUAUAAGUACUCCUUUCUUCGGACAGAAGAUCUGAAUUCUCUUACCCGUGUCUUCCUUUCUUUUUUCUUACAAAUGUCAAAUACACUCUGCUGUCAUCAACUCAGUUCUGUUCUCCGACUUGUGUUCCGUUCUCCCACUUGUGUUGUCACUCAAAUAAACAUAAAGGCAUCAUCUUACAGAGUGUGCACAAGUGACUGUGUGUGCCCGUGAGCUUUCCUGUUGAAGCUUGGGCAGUAUUUUGAAGUUGUUAACACGGAUGUGUAUGUCACAUGCAAUAUGUGUAUUUUUUAUUUUUUUUUAUGAAGGAUGUAUAGAUAGAUGUAUAGAUAGGGUGUGCAUGCGUCUCAUAUGCAUAAUAGAUGUAUGAUAGGGUGUGAAUGUGUCUCAUAUGCAUAAUAGAUGUAUGAUAGAUAGGGUGUGCAUGCGUCUCAUAUGCAUAAUAGAUGUAUGAUAGGGUGUGAAUGUGUCUCAGAUGCAUAAUAGAUGUAUGAUAGGGUGUGAA